CACCACCUUCCUAUUAUUGUUUUUCCACCAUUCUCUCUCUCUCUCUCUCUCUCUCUCUGGUGUCUCUAUUGCUGCCUUUCUUGAAUCAGUCAAGUCCACGCCGGCCUUCUUCAAUCAUCUCCGCCUUGAAAAUUCUCUCGCUUUACAGAUAUUUUCCUUAGAAAAUCAACCCCUCUUGUGUUUUACGCAGACAUACUCAUAGAAAAAGUCAGAAAAAAGAUCAUAAUCUCAUAGUCUGGGGUGAUUGGUGGAGAAGAAAUGCUUGGAUUGUUACCAAUUACUCUGGCGGCGGCCUCUACCGGAGUUCUCGUCGUAGUUUCGGUUGUGUUUCUCCGGCGAUAUUGUUGCCAUAGACAACAUAAAGAUUUCGAAAAUACGAUCGAAGAAAGAGCUGAGACUAUGCAGAACGGGAUUGCAAAACUUCACCCUCUCAGUCUUCAUCAUCAUCAUCAAAUGGAUUUUAGCAACAAAGGAAGAACAAAUUACUACGUUUUUCGACGUGGGGUUUCGUCAAAACCUUUGUUUAGUUGGUCUGAUCAUCCUUCUCUUGUCACAGAUGCUGUUGAAAAUGGAUGGUCAAGUUUUGCUUUCACAACGUACAUGUCUUCUCCAUCCAUUAGAUCAGCUAGGUCACUCUUGGGUGUAUGUGCAGCUGGUGAGCAUGGAAGAGGAAUGGAGGUGGAGAUUAGCUGGGAGGUUUGUCAAGGAUCAGCUGAUUUCAUGCAAAAAAUUAGACUUAAUUCUGGUUUGAACAACAUCAAUUCAAUCAAUUCUCCAAUAGGGUCUGCUCAAUCUGUGAUCAAAACAGCCUUGCCUUUGCCCGGACCGCCUUUAGGAAACUCUUCCUUCCCACAAGAAGCCUAUUUUGAGAUCACAAUCCUGUCUUCUGAUGAAGAUGAUCACGUGAAAACUGAAGGUGAGAAGACUAAGCUCAUACAGGAGAAUUCAAAUGCAAAAGCAAAUUCUGAGUCUUUCGUUCAUGUUACUAGUGGCCAUGGCCAUGGCCAAGGCAACAAGAGGCUAGAAGAAUUGAAGGUUGAUGGUAGGGACGAUGGCCGAGGCGAUGUCGUAAUGUUGUCUUUGGGGCUUACUGGAAGUGGCUCUCUUCCUCUCAAGCUUCCUGGUGGCUAUCCUGGAUCAAUUGGGUUUAACUCGGAUGGUUCUGUUUAUCUUGAUGGAAUUAAACUUGUGUUUGAAUCGGAAAAGGCAGAUUGGGGAAGAAUAAAUAAGGUGAUUGGUUGUGGGUACAAUCCGAGCCAGAGAAAGGUGUUCUUUACAGUUGAUUCUGAACUUGUACAUGAAAUUUAUUGCAAGUCUGAUGAAUUUGGGACUCCUCUAUAUCCAGUUUUGGCUGCAAAUAGUGACAUUAUGGUACUUGUCAAUUUUGGACAAAGUGCAUUCAAGUAUUCAUCUGCAAAUUCACAAAGAACUCCAAAUCCUUGCUUCAUUGGCCCUCUACAAAACUCGCCUGCAUUGGGGUAUGACGAUAGCAGAGAGCUUUUCUCAAUGGGAAGAAUCGAUUCCCAAUGGCUGAAUCGAAGUGCAACCCGAAACAUCUACAACAAUGGCAGUAGUAAACAAGCUGUAGAUUUUGAUGGAGAGUCUGAAGGUGAUUUGUUUGAAAUUGUCUUGGAUAGUUGCGGAAGAUCCCCAAACACAGUAUUGUAGCCCAAAAAAUGCGAAUAAUCACUAAAAUUCACACACAGAUAUACCAUUUCUCGAUUUGUGGAUGUCAUCCUUGCUCAGUUGUUGAAUCCAAAUUCAAUCCGUCGAGACACAACAGAAGCUUGAUUGACAUCAAACAGCCUUUAAGCAAUGUAAAGUCCAUAUGCUGAUCUCCCAUUCAAAAAGACAGAGAAAACAGUACUACAGGUACAUUUUUGUUACCACAACUCUCUGUACAUUAGAAAAAAAUCAGUUUUCUUACUUUGUACAUGAAAAUUUGAUU